AUGGCCCCCGCGAAGAAGUCGAAGAAGAGCGUCGAGAACCUCAACUCGCGCCUGCAGCUCGUCAUGAAGAGCGGCAAGGUCGCCCUCGGCUACAAGACGUCCCUCAAGACGCUCCGGUCGAACAAGUCCAAGCUCGUGCUCCUCGCCAACAACACGCCCCCGCUCCGCAAGAGCGAGGUCGAGUACUACGCCAUGCUCUCCAAGUGCCAGGUCAUCCACUACAACGGCUCGAACGUCGACCUCGGCACGGCGUGCGGCAAGUACUUCAAGGUCUCCAUGCUCACGGUCAUCGACCCGGGAGACAGCGACAUCGUCCGAUCCACGGAGGAGUAG